CCGGUACAUGCACACGCUUGCGAGUCCAAAGGCAGCCUCCCAUCCCUCUUCCGCCAUUUACGUACUUCGUACAAUUUCACCAUUCCAACCAAAGCUGCAUGGGCAUGUUAUAGUGACUGUCCCACGUCUUUCCUUGACCACCGCUUCACCAAAGGCUCUGUGUAGCAGCCAUCAAUCUCCUCUGCGACAGCUCGCACGCGGCGGAAAGACAGCUGUGGGUGCUUCCCAGAGUCGUUGCAUAUCCUGAUUCCCUCCCGUCGCGUGGCAAUCGCUCCCCGCUAUGCCGAAUUUCAAGGUCAAGGCCGUCUACGAGUACUCGUCACCCCACGAGGAUGACUUGACCUUCUCCGUGGGCCAAAUCAUAACCGUGACCGAGUUGGAAGGCGAUGACUGGUAUGUCGGCGAAUACAUUGAUGACAGUGGGAAUCGCAAGGAUGGCUUGUUCCCGAAGAACUUCGUCGAGAAGUACGAACCUGAGCCUCCACCACGGCCCAACCGGACUUCUCGAUACAAGCCAUUGGAGCAACCCCAGACUGCACCAGCUCCUCCCACCCCAGAGGUAGUUCAACAGGAAGCUCCCGCGCCUCAACAGGAAGCUCCCGUAACUCAGAAGGAAGAGCCUGCGCCUUCGAAACCCCAGCCUCCGCCUGUCGAGAUCCCCACAACCGUCAAAUCUCCAUUGUCGCCCAUCACACCCAAAUCUGCACAUAGUGCCAAGUCUGUGGAAGCUCCGCAGGAAGCUCCGGCUACCUCGAAACCACCUCCAGCGCAACCAGCGGCUGCUCCAGCGGCUGCUCCAGCUGCCAAAAAGGCACCGCCGCCUGUUGCCGCCAAGUCCAAUGCUUUCCGUGACCGCAUUGCUGCGUUCAACCAGCCUGCCGCCGCGCCGAUUGCGCCGUUCAAACCAGGUGGGGCACCAUCAACCUUUAUCAAGAAGCCAUUUGUUGCACCUCCACCCAGUCGCCAUGCAUAUGUCCCUCCUCCAACUCGCGAACAACCUCCGGUAAAGACUUACAGGCGCGAGGAGGAUCCAGAAAUUGCCGAGCGACAAGCUCAGGAUAUGGAAAAUGCAGAGAGGGCAGGAUUGUCUGGUCCAUCCGGUGAUACUGCAAACGGCGACGAGGAGGAUCAGCCCAAACCGACGAGUCUGAAGGAGCGUAUUGCUCUUUUGCAGAAGCAGCAAGCCGAACAAGCGCAACGUGCUGCCGCAACGCAGAAGGAGAAGCCAAGGAAACCUCCAAUGAAACAGCGUACCGAGUCAUACGAGAGCGGAGCUACUGAACUUGAAGGCCCUCCGUUAGAGCAAGUAUCCACUGCCGAUACCAAAGAGCGAGGUUCGAUAGAUCAUUCUCGUCCGCCACGAUCUGCCGGUGGCUUUCAGGCAACAGACGCCUCGCACUCCGCCAGGGACCUCCAUAGCGAUGCCAACGAUGCCGACCAAUCUGGAGCUGGUGAAACCGAAGAUGCCGGUGGGUCUUCUACCAGUGUUGACGAUGAUGAGGUUCGCGGGAAGCCACAAGCUCCUAGAGCCCCUGGUGCGCCCCCCAGGGAGCCAAAUGUUGGCGAUGAAGAAGGUGCCCAGGAAGAAGAUGCGGAAGAGGAAGAGGAAGAGGAUGAGAUGGAUGCGGAAACUAGGCGCAAGCUUGAGCUCCGAGAGCGGAUGGCGAAAAUGAGUGGAGGAAUGGGAAUGGGUGCCAUGUUUGGACCUCCAGGUGGCCUUCCAAUGGGAGGACUGCCCCCGAAGAAAAAGAAGCCGGCGGAGAAGAAGUCCACUGGUGAUAGUGAGGAGUAUCCGCAGCAGCGAGUGCCUAUGUUCGCAAUCCCAGGUAUGCAGCAAGUGAAGAGCCCUGAAGCCGAAGACAAGCGAUUGGAAGUCGAGAAGGAAGACGAAAUUCACCAAUCCAUCACCCGAGGUCGUGCGGCUGAGGAAGUUCCGGAUGUCGAAGAUGUGGCUCCCCCAGCUCCCCAGCGCACGCUUACAGGGGAUCGACCCCCGCCAAUUCCUACUGAGAAGCGACCAGUCCCUCCUCCAGUCCCACAUGCGGAUCGGCCAGUUCCCCCACCAGUUCCAUCAGCUUCUCGCCCUGUGCCACCUCCAAUCCGCUCUCCCACUCCUGGUUCAGAGUCUGGGGACGAAUUGACAGAUGCUCAAGCGAAUCAGACAGGUCCGCCUGGAACAUCGGGAGGAUUCUCUUCUAAAAGAAGCUCGAUGAUUGCUCCCGAUGAGCAAGUCACGACUUCUCCUGACAGGCGUGUGCCCCCAAUUCCAUUUGGAAGCCCACCAAUGUCACCCACAUCUGCUAGCCGCCCUCCCCCGCCUCCACCACCAACUGCAGCACCUCCAUCUCGCCAGGGUACCAUCGAAGUUCCUACCGGCAAGCAUAGCAGUAAAGUCGACCGUGAAGGAGAAAGCGAGUACGAAGGUGAUUAUGAUACCGACAUCGCGCCCGGUGCCACGCAUAAAGAUGCACUGAAAGCGCACACCCGCGAGUCUAGCCAAGAGGAGAGUACGACGGCAGACGACACUCCAGUACACUCGCCAAAGCUUCCGACCUUACCACCUCUACCUCCUACUGCUCCAAGGAAUGUUCCCCCUCCACUGCCCCAGCAUGCACCGCAUAGGCAGUCCAUGGAUGCGAGGCGGUCCAUUGAUGUUCCUCGUGUUGCUCCACCUCCUCCACCAAUUCCUCCGCCUUCUCGUGAUUUCCAUGAAGAGGAUGACGACGAUUAUGAUCCUUUUCGGUAUAACACACCGUCUGCUUCAGCUCGAGCGGCUCCACCACCAGCACCUCGAGCGGCUCCUCCACCGCCACAAAGCCAGCCUCCCCCACCUCAAAACAGACCACCACCCCCGGCCGCUCCUCCACUUCCUCCAAUGAUCCCGCCGGCUCCGCAUCAUCAUGAAGAGUCGUCUGAAGAAGACGACCUCUAUUCGGCACCACCUCCACGAAAAUCGCAUGAUAGGCCACCCCCUCCACCUCCGCAGGCUCCGCCGCCGCCCCAUCAAGUACCUCAUCGGCCACCGCCUCCUCCGGUAGAAAGGGUACCACCACCGCCGCCACCCCCAGAGUCCUCGCAGCCGGCGCGAGCUCCUGCUCGAAAGUCGCUUGAUGUUAAUCGGUCUUUGCAGCAAGGCCGUGCUUCGAUGGACCAACCCCGACCUUCUGUUAGCCAGGACUACAUGGCAAGUGAAGUCGACUCUGGUGCCUCAACUCAUUGGUGGACCCAACCCAAUAUGGCUCCUCCUACGCUCCAGGGCCGCAAGGACAUCUUGGUCCAAACGGAUGAGGCUCGUUGCGGUGAUGAAGUAGAGAAAAUCGUGUCUGUUCUUUUCAUGGACUAUUCCCAGACGGUCCUCACUGCACGGUUCAAUCCUUCAAAUGUGUCGGACGUUCAAUUGGAGCAGCGACAAGAACCUCCCCCAGCUCGGCUGCGCCAGGAUCAAUUGGAGACCGCCCAUGAACAGUUUGGCCAGCGCAUUGCCAAGGAAAUCGAGAGCAAGCAAAACACCGUCGUUGGUGACGGAACACCUCAUGGGUUGAUCAAUGAGCUUUUGCGCAAUCACGCCAGUGCGCUUCGCCCUGUUUCCACCCGUUCGUUCGGUGCGCUUGUCUAUGCCAACCUUGCAAACGCCAGCACCCAGCAAUACGACGAGAUUCGACCUGGAGAUAUCAUCAGCUUCCGCAAUGCCAAAUUUCAAGGAAAGCAUGGUGCUAUGCACGCCAAGUAUAGUGUCGACGUCGGCAAACCUGACCAUGUUGGCGUCGUCAUGGAAUGGGAUGGAUCGAAGAAGAAGGUUAGGGUCUGGGAGCAAGGUCGCGAGAGCAAAAAGGUCAAGCCUGAGAGUUUCCGUAUGGGCGACCUCCGUUCCGGUGAAGUCCGAGUCUGGAGAGUCAUGUCCAGGAACUGGGUUGGAUGGAACUAAACCCCAUGACCCUCGCUCAUCGUCCUUGCAGCAAAAAGCCCGACCUCCCUCUAAUUGCACCCACCAAAGCUUCUUGCAUACGUCCAUCAUUCGAUAGAUCUGUUUUGUUACCCCGCCCAUGUCAUUCCUCCCCCUCUUGACCUAAACCGAAGUAGCGAGAUGUGUGUGUUUGUCAUUGUCGCGAGAGAACUCAUUGGGAGCGUGGAAUUUUGAGCUUUAAACCUGUGUACGUAGUCAGCAUUGUGAAUCUGUAUUUUCUUUGUAAACAUCCUGUUCCAUGCAUUGAUCAGUAGUGAUACGACGAGUGCUGGGCUUUUCUGAGCCAAGAUAUAGGACAUCCGAUUCCGUAGAGGGUGCUAAUGGUGGAAUGAA